GGCACUUCCGCUGACUGGCUGGCUGGCUGCUGGGGCGGGCGGCGGAGGGAACGGAGGGAGCGCGCGGCCCGGGGACUCGCUUACCCCGGUCCCCCCCUCCGCCGCACGCGGCUGGGCCAUGGACGCCAGAUGGUGGGUAGUGGUGGUGCUCGCAGCGCUCCCUUCCUUGGGCGCAAGUGAAGAGUCACCCGAAGCCCCUUCGCAGUCCUGGACACAGCUGUGGUUCUUCCGCUUUUUGUUGAAUGCAGCUGGCUAUGCCAGCUUUAUGGUACCUGGCUACUUCCUGGUGCAGUACUUAAGACGGAAGAACUACCUGGAGACAGGCAGGGGUCUCUGCUUCCCGCUGGUUAAAGCCUGUGUGUUUGGCAAUGAGCCCAAGGCCUCUGAUGAGGUUCCCCUGGCUCCCCGGACAGAGACAGCAGAUUCCACCCCCUCUUGGCAGGUCCUGAAGCUGAUCUUCUGUGCCUCCGGGCUCCAGGUAUCCUAUCUGACUUGGGGUGUACUGCAGGAAAGAGUGAUGACCGGCAGCUAUGGGGCCACAGCCACAUCGCCAGGCGAGCAUUUCACAGACUCACAGUUCCUGGUGCUAAUGAACCGCGUGCUGGCACUGAUCGUGGCAGGCCUCUACUGUGUCCUCCGCAAGCAGCCCCGUCACAGCGCGCCCAUGUACCGGUACUCCUUUGCCAGUCUGUCAAAUGUGCUUAGCAGCUGGUGCCAAUAUGAAGCGCUUAAGUUCGUCAGCUUCCCUACCCAGGUGCUGGCCAAAGCCUCCAAGGUGAUUCCUGUCAUGAUGAUGGGAAAGCUGGUGUCUCGGCGCAGCUACGAACACUGGGAAUACCUGACUGCCGGCCUCAUCUCUGUAGGAGUUAGCAUGUUUCUGCUGUCUAGCGGACCAGAGCCCCGAACCUCUCCAGCCACCACACUCUCAGGCUUGGUCCUCCUGGCAGGCUACAUCGCUUUUGACAGCUUCACCUCAAACUGGCAGGAUGCCCUGUUUGCCUAUAAGAUGUCAUCAGUGCAGAUGAUGUUUGGGGUCAAUUUAUUUUCCUGUCUUUUCACAGUAGGCUCACUCCUGGAGCAGGGGGCCCUCCUGGAGGGGGCACGCUUCAUGGGGCGACAUAGUGAAUUUGCGAUGCAUGCCUUCCUCCUCUCCAUCUGCUCAGCCUUGGGUCAGCUCUUCAUCUUCUACACCAUUGGACAGUUUGGAGCUGCUGUCUUCACCAUCAUCAUGACCCUCCGCCAGGCUAUCGCCAUCCUUCUCUCCUGCCUCCUCUAUGGCCACACUGUCACUGUGGUGGGGGGACUGGGAGUGGCUGUGGUCUUCACUGCCCUCCUGCUCAGAGUCUAUGCUCGUCGUAAGCAGCGGGGAAAGAAGGCAGUACCCACUGAGCCCCCAGUGCAGAAGGUAUGAGUCCA